AGCGCUGCUGUCGGUCUACGCCCUCUCCCGUUCCUUGGCCUGCGCCAAUUGGCUGCCGGCUGGUUUCCCCGGCUGCGGGCAGGCCCCGCCCCUGGAGGUCCGGGAAGAGCAGUCGGACGAGAGGAUGGCGGCUGACGCGGCAGAGAAGGAGCGGGGGAAGCGCGCUGCUCUCUCCUUCGCCGCCGUCGCGCUGGUGCUGGGGCUGCCGCUCUGGUGGAAGACGACGGAGACGUCCCGGGCCUCGCUGCCCUACGCGGGGAUCAGCGCGCUGGGCUCGCUCCGGUUCCAGCUGACUGUGCCCGUCUCAGUGGUCUUUGCCAAGGGGGCUCUGCCAGGAGCUCAGCAGAGGAGACUCCCUUUAGCAGACACACAGGAAGAGGAGAGUCUGUUAAAUCGAAAACUAAUCGUUACAUCCUGCUAUGAGAUGACUUACCGGAGUGCGACCGCCACAGAGCAGGCAGCCUUGGCCAUGGCCACUGUGCAAGAGGCAGACGCUGCGCUGCUCCUGCUGCAGGAGGACUUGCUGGGCGCUCUGACUGUAUACGUGAUCCCAGAAACCUCCCCUCUCCUGCCUCAGGGCAUUGGUGUGUACAUUGGGAAGCACCGUAGCGCCGUGAUGAGGGGAACGCAGGGCCCAGGGGAUGUCCUGGCUGCCAUUAGUGCCCGGGUGCAGCAGAUUGUGCAGGCCAUGUCCUUCACCACCGACUCCAUCACCACUGCCUUGUCUGAUCGUGUCCCCAUGGACCAGCUCGGCACGGACACGAGGCGCCCGUUCAAAUCCAGCCUGGGGUACGAGAUCACCUUCAGCUUACUGAACCCGGACCCCAAGUCCCACGACGUGCACUGGGACAUCGAGGCAGCUGUCAACAGCUACGUGCAGCCCUUCCUUGACAAGCUGGGCUCGGUGGCCAACUUCUCGGUGCACUCCCAGAUCCUGUACUAUGCCGUCCUGGGGGUCUCGCCCCGCUUUGACAAGGCUUCCUCCAGCUUCAUCCUAAGUGCGCUCAGUCUCCCCCACGUCAUUAACCCGGUGGAAGCCAGGCUGGGUUCCAGCGCCACGUCGCUCUACCCCGUGUUGAACUUCCUGCUGUAUGUGCCAGAGCGUGUCCAUUCCCCUCUCUACAUCCAGGACAAGGAUGGUGCCGCUGUGGGAACCAACGCUUUCCACAGCCCCCGCUGGGGUGGGAUCAUGGUGUACAACAUCGACCACCCAGCUCCUGACAAGGCCCCUCUCCCGCUUCGGGUGGAUGUGGACAUGGUGCGAGUGAUGGAGGUGUUCCUGGCCCAGCUUCGGUUGUUGUUUGGGAUCUCCCAGGUGCCGCUCCCAGAGGAGUUCCUGCUGGAGAGCCCUGGGAACAAUGGGCUGACGGACUGGGAGCUGGACCGCCUGCUGUGGACCCGAACAGUGGAGAAUAUCGCCACAGUGUCCACCACCCUCACCUCCCUGGCCCAGCUGCUAGACAAGAUCGGGAACAUCGUCAUCAAGGAUGAUGUUGCUUCUGAGGUAUACCAUGCAGUAGCAUCAGCGCAGACUGCUCUGCUGGAGCUGGCCUCUGGCCAUCUGGGCUCAGCAUUCCAGGCCAGUAAAGAGGCAGUCACCUCCUCAGAGCGGGCCUUCUUUGACCCUUCGCUGCUGCAUCUCCUGUACUUCCCUGAUGACCAGAAAUUUGCCAUCUACAUCCCACUCUUCCUGCCGAUGGCGGUGCCCAUCCUGCUGUCCCUGGUGAAGAUCCUCCGGGAAGCCAAACAGAGCAAGAAGGAGCCCAUGAAAACUGACUGAGCCUGCCUUCAGCUGCUCCAUGGGGCAGGGGAGCUUGGAGCCAGCUCGUGACAGCCUGUCUGUGUCGGAACAGUCAGGGCCCAGUUAAAGGGCUUGGACUCAGAUGAUUCUUUAUGAAUCCUGGAAGAGUGGAAAGUCUGGCAGAAAUAGGGUGUUGGGUCAGAAACCAAGGCUUAGACCCAGCAUGGUGCUCUUGGCUUCACCUCGGGGGUUACCAGGGACUCCAAAGGGGAGGUCUGUGCUGCAGCUUGGCACCAGUGGCUUGCCUGUGCCAGCCACCUCAGGCUAAGAGGCAGUUUCAUUGUGGUGUGGCUCUUUGGGCUUGGGCUGGAGCCCAGGCUCUACGACCCUGUAAGGUGUGGGGGUACCAGAGCGCUGGCUCCAGCCCAAGCCCCAACUUCUACACCUCAAUUAAACAGCCCCUUAGGAAGAGCCCCACAAGCCGGUCAGCUGGCAUGGACAGACCUCCCCCAGGGAGUGCCGAGUGGCUGCAGCUGCAUGUGACUGGCUGGCUGACAGAAUGCCCCUGCAGGCUGGGCCCAAGGUGGAUGAGCUUGGGCCAAUCCUGCUUUUUCUAGUUGCUGCAGCCAGCCCCACCGCCAGACAGCAAAGGAGGUAGUUUUGGGGCUCCCUGGAUAUGAGUCAAGCUUCCACUCCGCCCACGGUGCCUGGAUGAAGGGGCUCUCCUUUGAGUCAGAGGGAUUGGUGUUAGCUUCUGAGAGAUGCUCUGGAGUCUCUGUCCCCUCUGAGUGCUUUCGCAGUCUGAAUUGCACCCUUCCAGCCCAGCCUUUGUGUGGCAUGCCCAGCUUAGCAGGGGUGAGACCUGUGGGGCACCAUCCUUUCAUUCCGGUUGAGAGCCUUGGUAUUGGCAGGGCCCCGCCUACAUGCACUGGACCCGGGUCCCUUCCCUUGUGAGCUGUUGAUCCACAAGUGUGACCCUGCCACCUUCCCCGACGUAGAGGGCAUAUACAGGCCAGCCUUUGCCUGUGUGCUGGGGCAGGGCUUCCUCGCAGCGUCUGCAGCAGGUGAGUGCUGCUCAUCCUUCAGGGACCUAUAGAACGUGGCUCUUUGGUUUCUUAGCUUCCUGCCAUGGCUGGCAGCCUGUGUGUCUCUGUGGUGAGAGCCUGGGGCCUUGUGUUGCAGGGGACUGGGCGGGGCCAGAAGUGAGAGUGAUGCACUGAUGAAUGCUGAACAAAACAAUAAAAGUAAAAGCCAGACUCCGCUGAGGGGCAGCGUGCCUUUCCUGGGAAUUCAAGCAGCCUGUGCCAUCCUGGCCGGCUUGGCCUGGGGGAGAUCCUGCCCCUUAGGAGCUUCUCAGGGUGGCCCAAGCCAGUGCUGCUGUCCUGCGGGAUCGCUCCUGUGUGUGUCGGCCUAGGAGGGUUUCCCGUCAGAUGGGCUAGAUUCUGGGAAAUCAGUGUGGAGAGUGUUGUGCUGCUCACGCUGGCCAGCUGCCUCGCUCCAGUCUCUCUUCUGCACAGCAUGUCUGUCCGUCCUUCCGAAGGGGAAGGAGCUUGCUGCUCUGUGCUGUGGGAGAGGGUGCUGCAGGAAGCUAGGCCCUGCUAGAAGCUGUCCAAUGCUGUGCCAGCUCAGUGGAGCCAGGAGGGAAAGCAUUUGCUGAGCGUUGGGCUGGCUGUGGGGAAGUGCUUCCCUGGAGAUGAGAGCAGGGCCUGAGAGUUUCUACACUACUGCUUGUAUCUCAGGAGCUGCAGCCUGUGGUUCCAGGGACCCUGCAACAGGAUGGGCCUGGUCUGUGGGCAAGAAAACCCUGGGUGAAAGGACAGUCCCUGACCUACCACAGAGCACCAGGUCCCAUGCUGAGUAGGCCUAGGAGCCUUGUGGGGCAGUAGGGGUCUGACUGUGCAGUUCUCCACAUUUCCACCAGGCAAUGGCAAACCCCAUCACAGCCAAUCCGGGAUGGAAUAUGCUCAGCACUAGAUUCCUCCUUGACUCCCCAAGCGUGCCUGGUUCCUCCAAAGUGUGACCAUGACCUCCCUGUCCAUUGAUAAAAUUCUGUCAGCGUCCCACUUCUGCUUAAAUACGUCACUGCUGCCUGGCUCUCCCUCCUCUGCCAGGAGCCCUGUUAUCUGUAACAGCCCCCUUCAGUACCUCUAACGUGACCGUUUGCCUCCUUGCUAGGGUCUCGGGCAGGUUUUCAAGCUUCACGUGUGAGGCUUAGCUUUCUGCCUGUCUUGGUUAUAUUCUCUCUGCACUAAUAGUCCGAGCUGUGUCACUCUCCUUGUCCCCAAGCCCCUUCCUUGCCUUUCCUCUCUCUGUGCCCCAGGCUGCAGGCUCUCCACCCUAACUAAGCUUCCUUUAAACGGGCAGUCGCCGUAGACACUUCCAAGGCACCAAGCAGUGCUCUAGACUAGAGAGUCUGAUUUGGUUUGGUUUGUAACAUGAAAUCCUUUCCUCCUAUGGUCUGACUGUAAUAACCAUCCUGGUCUGCUUCCCUUAUCCAGCAAGUUUACCCUGAAAAUGGCAGCUACAGCAGGUAAGGUUUCUCAAAACAUUGCUGUUGGAUCAGAGCAGUCUAGGCUGUUACUUAUCUAAAGCUGUGUCUACAUUGCCCCUUUAGUGCUAAAACUUUAGUCAUUCAGGGGUGUGAAAAAACACCCCCCUGAGCAACAAGUUUUAGUGCUGAAAAGCACCAGUAUGGACACAGUGCUUUAUUGCUGGGAGCUGCUCCUUCACCGUGGUUAUUUUUUAUUGCCAGGAGAGCUCUCCCCUGGUGAUAAAGUAUGACUGCACUGCCUGUGUACUGCGCUGCCAGGGUUGCUGUAAUGUGGGCAGUGUAGACACCUGAACUGCCCCUGUUGAGUAUAACUGUAGUAAGGUGUAAUGAGGGGCACUGGGGCUUCAGCCAGGGGCAGGAGCUCCUACUGCCCUGCCCGUUACUCCACUACCCUCCACCUCAAUCCACCCUCUACUGUUUCAUUCUGGUCCCCUCACCCAGUUUUGCUAACAUACCUUGACAUUCUGCACCGCUUACUGGUCCCUCCGGACGGGGACUGAAUGUCCUAGGCACAGUGAGUUUUCAUAUGUCUAUGUUCCAGGCUCAGACAUUGUUACUUUGAGAAGCCGUGUUGCCAAAAGCCACCCCCACCUCUAUUUCAAUAAUGGGGAAGGCUGGGAGAGGAUAGGGUGAAUUGGAUCAGCAGCAAUUCGAUGUAUUUCCGUUCGUCUGAAGUGUUGGGGGUUAGUCUAGAACUGAGCAACUCCUCUCGCCUGGGCUGACCCAGUGGCAGUAUUUUAACAGACUUCUAGCUUCUUAAUACAAUUUAGCCGUUGAAAAUGAGGAGCCAAUGCCAUGUACCCCUCACUUCAGUGCAGACCCUGAGCAAGUGCCGCAUGAUGCUGUGUGGCCUACACAGUCCCUGCAGCUGCAGUAUUUAACCCCAGGCUGGUCCAGUGCAGGGCUAGCUGAACUGGUAAGGGAGUCAGUGUGUUUGUGUGUACUGUGAAAUAUCUAACCUGCAACUACCUCUAUUUUAUUCUUUAAAACUUGCAUCUUCUGCUAGUCUGGACUGACAUGACGUAUCCACCUUGAUUAUUCCUGGGGAAUGCAAGUUCUGCUUUCAGUUUAUGCUGUGUCCAAGUUCAAAUUAGGAGUGGGCCAGCAUGCGUGUGGAUCUAAACAAAGCUAUUUUUGAGAAAUAAAGAAACUCUUCU